GUGAGCGAAGAGAAGAGAGGCUCAAGGCCCAUUCCCGAUUUGUGACCGAACCCAUCCCUCUCCAUUCUCCUCUCUCAUUUUCGAUCCCUCGGUCUCCCCACGCGGCUCUCACCUCUCUUCCUUCUCCCCGUGCGGCGGCGGCGGCGGCGGCGAUCCCUCAGCAAAAAUGACGGCCGGCUACAUUGUGGGCUCACUGGUCGGAUCCUUCGCCAUUGCAUACCUCUGUGACACGUUUAUUUCAGACAAGAAGGUAUUUGGAGGUACCACCCCCGGUACUGUUUCCGACAAGGAGUGGUGGAAAGCAACGGACACCAAGUUCCAGGCUUGGCCUCGCACUGCCGGCCCACCGGUCGUCAUGAACCCCAUCAGCCGCCAGAACUUCAUCGUCAAGUCCACCGAGUAGGCAGGAGAAGCUGGCUCAGCGACUUAUUCCCACCAUGAAGCCAAAGUUUCUUUUCUAGGCCCUAAUUGUAAUAAAACAAACUGCGGUCAGGAUAUUUGGUGAUUUUCACUUUGCCAGUGAGUGAACACUGGGCUUCAAGCUUACUUGUCAUUCAAUGACUUCUGUUCCUUUGGUGAAAUUCCCCACCAGGCAGUAAAGAAUUCCAUCGAUUACCUAUC